UUUGUGUAUCAAUAGUAGCAGUGACUGUUAUACUUAUUAUUUUAAUUUUCUGUGCAACUCUUAUGUUAAUUUUACUGUCAUCGUAAAUUUAUCAUUAAUUUCCAGUGCAAUAAUUAUUUAUUUACAAUUUAUUAAUCUGACAACGACAGUUUUAACUCUCAGUUAAUUAAGUGAUCUCAUGUAAAUAAACACGUGUUGUAAGCUUCCGCCAACAACGGCCAUUACCGUACCUGUAUAUAUUGUAAUUAACAUUUUUUGGAAAUAGUUUGUACGUAGUUAAUAAAUAUACCUGUAUUAUUAUUGUGAAAGUUUUUUAACUUCAUUUAUUUAUAUGUUCUACGUACAGUCAGCAAUGCCAAAAAAGCGCAAAGGGGCCAAUUUGAGUUGUCGAACGAGCAGUUCCAGAGCCAUGCGAGAUUUAAGAGCACGAAGAUCAAACGAACAAAUUCAAGAAGACAAUGCAAAUUUGCGUGCGAGAGUGUCGCAGUUACGUGAACAACGAUCAUAAGAGGCACGAGAUGAACGAAAUCAACAAAGACAACUAGAACGAAGACAAACUCGCAGACUCAUAGUCGACAGACAUAGAGGAAUUGACCAACAACGCCAACAAGUUCAUCGAGCAUUUACGUCAAAUUCAUUUCUUCGACUAGCAUUCUAGUACGAGCCUGAUGUUGAAUAUUAUGCUCAUUCCAAAGUGGUUAUUCCCUGGUUAAAAAUACUGAUUGAAAAGAAUUGAAAAGCGGUCACUCCAUGCAAACUAUAUAUCUAUAUAUACAAACAAAAGAAUUGAAAUGAUUGAAAAGAAUUCGAAUUUCAUCAUUUUCAAUUCUUUUCAAUCAAUAUUUUUAAACAGGGUUGGUACUUUGGAGAAGGAAUGCCCGCAUUGUCAUGCACUUAAAUUUAAAAAUGAGCCACUUGGGAUGUGUUGCUCAUCAGGAAAAGUACAACUAACCGAAAUUGAAACACCACCUGAGCCAUUGCACGGUUUACUUAUUGGUACUGAUCCAGAUUCUAGCCUAUUCCUGAAGUCAAUUCGCACAUUCAAUUCAUGUUUCCAAAUGACAUCGUUUGGAGCAACAGAAAUAGUUAGCUAUGUUGCAGCAAACGGUCAACAAUUUAAUUUCACGUUUAAAAUCAAAGGCCAAGUUUAUCACAAAGUGGGCUCAUUGCUGCCAAUGCUAAACAAAUCUCAUAAAUUUUUACAAAUAUACUUUAUGGGUGGCGAGGACUCCGAACGUGCACUCGCCAAUCGAGUGGAUGCACGUUGCGACUUCCAUAAUCUUAAUUCACCUUUUGCCAGGCGUAUCGUCAGUGAGCUAGACGCUCUGUUAAAUGAGCACAAUGAAUUAUUAAAAUUUUUCAAAGCGCACAUGCACAAGCUACAAAGUGACAAUCACGCUAUUAUUAUUAUUAUUAUUAUUAUUAUUUAUUUAUUUAAUUGGCCAUGAAGUCGAAACUCCUUGCGGCCAUCCAAAAUUGAUACAAAAAAUCUUAAUAUAAUAUAUAAAGUAGUGUGUUAAGUAGUAUAUAUAAAGUAUAUAUAUAAAGUAGUAUAUAUAAUGUAGUGUGUUAAACACUCAGUCACUCAAUCACUCAAUCAUCACUAAAUUCUAAUACAAUGAAUACAUAUUAUGAUCUAUCAGAUUGUAAAAAAUAUUCAGAACAAGCAGUUCGAAACUCCAUAAACAUUGGUAACGUCGUACAAUCAGCUGAUAAUUGAUUCCAGAUUUUAACUUAAGGAAUUGUCAUCAAUCCUGAUAGAACACCAGCUGGAGAGCAUGUACGUAGAUUCAACGCACCUGUUGUUAAAGACGUUGCUGGAAUCAUGGUUGGCGACCGUACAGCUACGCGACAAAUCGUGAUUCGAAGAAGAAAUAAUGAUCUUCAGUUCAUCAGUGAUACCCAUCAUUUAUAUGACGCUCUCCAAUAUCCACUAAUUUUCUGGAAGGGACAAGAUGGAUAUUGUGUAAACAUAAAACAACGAGAUCCCGUAACAGGAGCUGAAACAAAUAAGAACGUUAGCUCGAAGGAUUUUUAUUCAUAUCGUUUGAUGAUUAGACGCGGCCGAGACAACAUCAUUUUACGAUGUCGUGAGCUUUGCCAACAAUUUAUGGUCGACAUGUAUGUGAAGAUAGAGAGUGAACGACUAAGAUACUUGCGAUAUAAUCAACAGAAGCUGCGUGCGGAAGAAUAUAUUCACUUGCGAGAUGCUAUUGCGAAUAACGCUGACACUGCCGAAAUUGGUAACUCUGUUAUCUUACCAUCAUCGUACAUAGGUAGUCCACGUCACAUGCAAGAAUACAUACAGGAUGCUAUGACUUUCGUGCGUGAAUAUGGACGACCGUGUCUUUUUAUUACUUUUACAUGUAAUCCAAAAUGGCCGGAAAUUACAUCGUUGCUAUUACCAGGACAACAUGCAAUACAUCGUCAUGACAUUACAGCACGUGUGUUUAAACAAAAAUUAAAGUCUUUAAUCAACUUUACUACCAAAUUGCAUGUAUUUUGCCCCACACGUUGUUGGAUCUAUUCAGUUGAGUGGCAAAAGCGUGGAUUACCUCAUGCUCACAUUUUAAUUUGGUUGGUCGACAAAAUACGUGCUGAUGACAUCGAUAGUUUGAUUUCUGCAGAGAUUCCAGAUCCGUCUACUGAUCAAUUACUAUUUGAUAUUGUUACUACAAACAUGAUUCAUGGUCCGUGCGGAAAUCUGAAUCCUUCAUCACCUUGCAUGGUGAACGGAAAAUGUACAAAGCGUUUUCCUAAAGAUUUUACUAACGAUACGGUCACACAUGUUGACGGAUAUCCAAUAUAUCGUCGAAGAAGUACCGAAAAUGGCGGACAAUCUUUCGUUAAAACUAUCAACCAGGCAGACAUCGACAUUGAUAAUCGUUGGGUGGUACCAUAUUCACCUUUGCUGAGCAAAACAUUCGAUGCUCAUAUUAAUGUUGAGUUAUGCAGUUCGGUGAAGAGUAUCAUGUAUAUUUGCAAGUAUAUGCAUAAAGGAAGUGAUACGGCUGUAUUUGGGGUUGAAAAUACUAAUGUUCAUUCUCCUCCAGUGAAUGAAAAUGAUGAAAUUACGAUUUACCAAAUUGGCAGGUAUAUCAGUUCCAAUGAAGCUGUCUGGCGCAUUUUCGGUUUCCCAAUUCAUGAACGGGAUCCAGCAGUUAUCCAUUUAGCUGUCCAUCUUGAAAACGGCCAGCGCGUAUAUUUCACCAACGAUACAGCGCUUGAUCGUGCUAUAAAUCCACCAAAAACUACGCUCACCGAAUUUUUUGAACUGUGCAAUCGUGCGGAUGCUUUUGGUGCCUUCGCACAAACACUGCACUAUUCUGAAGUUCCACGGUAUUUUACAUGGACUCAGUCGAAACAAUGGAUGCCCCGUAAGAAAGGGAUACCAGUUGAUCCGUGCCCCGGUUUAUUCAAAUCAAAUAAUUUGGGUCGUGUAUAUACAGUCAAUCCAAGGCAAACUGAGUGCUUUUAUCUGCGACUAUUGUUAGUUAAUGUCACCGGACCAUUGUCAUUUCAAGAUAUACGGAAGGUAGAUGGACAACAGUAUCCUACGUAUAAAGAUGCAUGCCUUGCUCUAGGCUUGCUAGAAGAAGACAACCAUUGGGACAGUAUGCUUGCUGAAGCAGCAUUAAACUGCACAGGAAAACAAAUUCGUCUACUAUUUGCUAUAGUAUUGACUACAUAUUUCCCGGCCCGAGCACAAAUGUUGUGGGAUAAUCACAAAGAUUCAAUGACUGAUGAUAUAUUGUAUCGACAUCGUACAAGGUGCAACGAUCUAGCAAUAUCAUUCAGUAAUGCAAUGUACAAUGAAGCAUUGAUUGCUAUUGAGGAUCUUUGCAUUGCUAUUGCGAAUUUACCAAUCAGUUAUUUCGGUAUGAGCUCACCGAAUCGAAGUGCAUCUGAUUUACUCAACACAGAUAUGAAUCGUGAACUACAGUAUGAUACUGUAGAAAUGGCAAGCAUUGUUAGUCGCAAUGUUCCACUACUAAAUGAUGAACAAAAAAUUAUCUACGACCGCAUCAUGCUGGCAGUUUCGGCAGGACAAGGAGAAUUCUUUUUUUAGAUGCACCAGGUGGAACUGGCAAAACAUUCCUUAUUUCGCUACUUCUUGCCGAAAUACGAUCAAAAAAUGGCAUCGCAUUGGCCGUUGCAUCUUCUGGCAUUGCAGCUACUUUAUUAGAUGGAGGCAGAACAGCUCAUUCAGCAUUUAAGCUGCCGUUGAACAUUCAAAAUAAUCCAGAUGCAGUGUGCAACAUAAAAAAACAAUCGUCUAUGGCCACAGUGAUGAAACAAUGUAAAAUUAUUAUCUGGGAUGAAUGCACUAUGGCACACAAACAUUCGCUUGAGGCAUUAGAUAGGACAUUAAAGGAUAUAAAAAAACAACGAUAAACUAUUUGGCGGCACUUUGUUACUCCUUUCAGGUGAUUUCAGACAAACACUUCCUGUUAUUCCACGUUCAACGUGGGCUGAUGAAAUUAACGCUUGCUUAAAAUCAUCGCGACUAUGGCGUAAUGUUGAAAAAGUACAACUUACGGUGAACAUGCGCGUUCAAAUGCUUCAAGAUCCAUCCGCCGAAACAUUCUCUAAACAACUGUUAGAUAUUGGCGAUGGGAAAGUUGCUGUACAUGAAAAUACACUCUAUUGCGCUGAGAGAUUAAUUUUUUUUUUUUUUCAACUGCCAUAAUUGAUAGUAAAAAUAUGAAUAAUUAUUUU